AUGCGGGGAUUUGAGGCAUCGGGCCCCGGUGCUAUCUACGGUCUUCCCUCGACCCUCACCACUUCCGUGUUAAGCACCAACACUCCCACGCCCUUGCCCUCAUCAUUUCCACGACCGAAUACCGACCCAGAAAUCGUUUCCCAUAACAUCGAAAAUGUUCUUCGUUCCGUGUCCGCGCAGCUCGAUCGCGAUCACAGCCUGGUCUCCGUCAGUGGCAACUCGUCCGGGUCGACCGGAAAGGGAAUCCUGAUCGGCAUUCUCUCUGCCUUUGGCUCUGCGGGGAUUGCGGUUCUUAUCUUGGCCUUGUUUUUCUUUUUCAAGCAUACAAGACGUGGUCGGAUUAUCUUGGAUCGCAUUGGGCGACCGGGUGAAUACGAUGAUGAACAGGCGUUUUUGCGCGAAGAGGCGGAGGCUUUGGAGACUAUGGAUGAUAUUUCGCGGUCGGAAUACAUGAGAGCCAAAGCCUUCGUCGAUGCCAACCCUCCCGAAUCGAUGCAGACUGAUAUAUCGCUGUCUCAGUUCCUUGCCAUUCAAGAAAAAGGUGUUUCCGCAUGGGAAUUCCAGCCGGAACUUGAAAUCGCCAACUGUUUUGUCGAAGCUCGGACGGAGAUUGAGUUCUUUGAUUCCGAAUGCAGCGUCCAGACAAAUCUUCCUGUGCCCAAGCAAAACGAUGUCUACUACUGGGAAGCGAAGGUUUUUGAGAAGCCCGAGACUACGUUAGUCAGUAUUGGCAUGUCAACAAAGCCGUAUCCGUUGUUCAGAUUGCCAGGCUUCCACAAAACGUCCGUUGCAUACCUAUCGACCGGUCAUCGCAGAUUCAACCAACCGUUCUCUCCGACCCCGUAUGGCCCCCAACUCGCGCAAGGUGAUGUGGUUGGUGUGGGAUACCGGCCCCGGUCAGGCACUAUUUUCUUCACUCGCAAUGGCAAGAAGAUGGAAGAGGUGGUCCAUGGUCAGAAGGUGCCCAAUUUCUUUCCGACAAUCGGCGCGAACGGCCCCUGCUCCGUUCAUGUCAACUUUGGUCAGAUGGGAUUCGUGUUUAUCGAGGCGAACGUCAAGAAAUGGGGACUGGCUCCGAUGACUGGCAGUCUAGCACCACCCCCGCCGUAUGGAAGCGAACACGGCAGCAUCUUGCUCGAGUCUGGUCGAGAGAGUGCGGCGCAAAUCUCUCAUCGGGUCUACCAGAAUGCCAAUUACGCCCAGACUGAUUCAACUGUUAGAAUCGCGCCGUCUCCUAGCCCCGGCCCCGUCCGAUCGCCAACCGAUAUUUCGCUCGCACAGCUGGCUCAUGUGCCCUCCCACGAAGAUAUUGGCGAAGGAUCAAGUCACGUCGAAGAUGACGAGCGUACCCAUCUUUUGAGCCAGGAGGAUAUUGAUAGCAUUCCGCCUCCUGAAUAUACCAGCCCCGAGGGCAGUCGCCGAGGCAGUGAUGCAUCGCAACAUCCGCCGAUACCCAGUUACGAUGCUGCCGUGGCUACCCAAAGUCGCCAUCUGCAAGAAAAUCAAGGCCGCGACAAUGAAAAUGAAAAUCACUGA